AUGGACUUCGGCGACGCCCUCGCCGCCGGUUCUUCAGGCCGUUCCGAGGGCAGCUCUACCAGCACCCGCGAGCUCCAUAGUCAGCACAUUUACGAACUCCAAUUGGAGGUCAACGCCCUCCGUGCUGAAAUCCAAACUCUCAGGUCCGCAUUGCAAGCUCUGGAGGAGUCCCUUGCUCGUGCCUGGGUGAACCAGACCGGCCACCACCAACGUCUCUCGUGGCUCGAAGGGAUCAUUCAGACCUUGAGGGCUGCCUGUCGGGUAUUUCUUGAGCCUGGCGCCAUGAAUACCUUUAGUGCCAGCAUCUUGCAGCAACUUGCUGGUGUCACCCGCGAGCAGCUCGACGGUGCCUUGCCUCCGGCACAGGCCACUCUUGGGCCCCCUGAGCUUCCCUUUGCACCCGUGCCCGAUCUUGGGGAUGCCUUUCCUGCAAAUCCAUCUCCUGCAUCUGCUUCUGCGGAUAACUGGGGGUUUGUAGGAUUUACUGGUGACUUCGAAGGGUCUACCAAUGACUUCACAGCGCCUGUCUCUGAAGUCGAAGUCCAGCAAACUCACGAGUUUCCACCUUCCCCUCCCGUAGGGUUUAACCCCAAUCACUUCGAGGCCCAUUUAGCACCCCUCUGCGAGCCAGAUGAGCAAGCCCCUUCCCUCUCCCUUUUAGGGUCGGGAGAUGAAAACACUGCUUGGUAUGAAGAUGUUAGGGCCAUGAGUGAGUCACAUUUUUCAUUGGUGCCAAGUGCCAGCAAAAGAGACUUUGGAGAAGAGGUCCGUCCUGGUAGGAUUGCUCGUGCUGUGGGCGAUGAGCGCUCACGUACUGCCGUGGCAUCUCCUGCCCUGCCUUGGGAGAGAGGAGUCUUCAGAGCCAUCUUUGGGGAUGAGGGCUUAACUAGUCCCUUUGAUAACCUUGUGCUUAAGAUGCCUGGCCCCUUAGUUCCAGCACAUGUGCCGCCGGCGGAGCCAAAGAUCCCUGAGCCUCCCAUACCUUCAGCUGACAUCGCGAGCAGGGCAUUCAAAUCCUUCAAGGAUGUACAUCCGAGCGACGAGCGUGAUAUGGUCAUGGACCGAGCGGUGUGCAAACUGCAGCACAUUAUUUGCCGCACCGAUGUUGACCGUUUGUCACCUGAACUUGCAAAAGCAGCCUCUUCCAAAGAUGCAACAGACGAAGUGUUUGGCAUCGUGUCAGCUUGUGUAGGUCUUCGUAGUCCUCACACGGUUGUGAAGCGCGCCAACGCGAUCCUUGCAUACUUGAGAUGGUGUGACAAGGAAGGUUACGAGAAGCCAUUUUGUGAGGAUUCUGUGUGGAGCUUCAUUUCUUACUUAAAGAAAGAGAAGGCAGCUCCGACCCGUGCAGCCUCCCUCAUUUCAGCUUUGCGCUUUGCGAACUUCGUUUUGGGGCUGAGUGUGUCCGAGGUUCUUGCGAGCCGUAGGAUUCUGGGCCUCAGUGCCCAGCUGGGUGUCAAAAAGAAAGCGACCAACCGAGCCCGGCCUCUCAAGGUGUCAGAGGUUCGCUUCAUGCAUGGCGUGCUAGAGGACGAGAGUGCACCAAUCUGGGACCGAGCCAUCUGUGCCUACCUUCUUCUUGCACUCUACGCAAGAGCCAGACACAGCGAUUUGGUUCUUGUAGAAGAAGUGAUAGCAGACUUUGAUCGCCAGUGCAGCGGAUACCUAGAGAUCCGCCUCAGAUUCCAUAAGACGGCACAAACCAUUGCAAAGAAAAAUGAUUUGUUGCCGGUUAUAGUUUCAAGCAAGGGCAUCGUGAAAGGCGACUGGCUGGGGUUGGCUACUGAUGUAUUUGAGCGCGUGGGCCUCACCUUGGAUGGGACUGUCGGAUCGUUCCACCCAGAUGCUGCCCGAGCCUUGUACUUUACAGAUCCCCCAGCGCCAACUGUGGUGCCACAAGCGCCCGAGUUCAGGGCGGCUGUCAAGGCGAAGGUUGAAAUCAUCAAUGAUUCAGCGUCCGAGCGGGCUGAGUCCGAGGGGCAGCACUCCUCAAGUGGCAGCGAAAGCAGCGAUUCCGAGUCACAAGACGACUCCGACUCGUCGUCCGAGUCAAUUGCGCCGAUCAAAGCGCCCCGCCUGGAAAUCGAGCAGUGGGAUGCCGCUGACUGUGCGGCCAAUUCCAGGACCAGGACCCUUCACCUCUUGAAAUUUGUGUCUGGAGGUGGAAAUCUAAUCGCCACGUGCGGAAGGACCUCAGAGGUCAUGGUUCAAGCGGCGCAAGCACAUAUGAGUUUCCGGAGGUACCUCGGAGUUUUGACGUGCACAGUGGGCUGUCCGAAGCUCCUUUUGCUCGCCAUGUCCUCGUUAAUCGAUAGCGGUGCACACUUUAAAAGGCGUGCGGAUGAGGUCGGCCUCAGCAGUGCCGGGUGGACGAUCCUUCAGGCCCUUGGCAUUACCUCUGUAGGUAAGGCGGCGUACACCAUCACGUCGCCAGGUGAGCCAGUCACGGAACCCAUAUUCCGAGAUUGGGUUGCCGACAAUGCUGCAGGUAUGACUCUGGGUGAUCAAUCAUGCUUGAAAAGGCUCGUGUUCGAGUCCCAGACUCUGGUCGUUGCUGAGUUGCGCGACCAAGUAUCCGGGUCUCAAUCAUCUGCCCCUCGUCGUGUUCCCGAGGCUGAGCGGGACCGAAGACUGAACGAUCUUAGGGCGGCCCUCCCAGGCAUCACGCUGGAGGGCGUGAACAUGCCAAGCAAUGCCCUGUUGGAUUCAUGUUGUCAGCAAGAGCGAGACAACUUGCUUAAGUACAUCCCGCCUGAGAAGGCCACGAGCCGCACCCAUGAACUCACGAAUCCAAGACCGACCCAUCAGGCGCUGCAGGUCGAAGCAUCCAAGAUAGUUCUCAAGAGUGACGCUGAUGCCGUUGAGUAUCAACCGGUCAAUGUGCUCCAGACCAUGGAGGCCCUUCGGCGACGAGGUUUGGCCAUGGUGUUUGCACAGAUGAUUUCAUAUGAUGCCUACGAUCGGUAUGUGAAUCGUCUCUUUAACCACCUGUCCCGUGACCCGCCGCCAGGGCUCAAUCGCGUGAAUGUGACACAAUUGGUUAACGCUGACAAGCAGGUGUUUGCACUGCUGGCCGAAUGGGGUGUCAAACCAAGGAGGGAUACCGCAGGCGAGUAUCCCCUUGACCGAGAGAUGCACCGCGCUUUGGAAUCCUACGAGGUGUCCAUUGCCCUCAUGCACCAGGCUCCCCAAGGCAAGUUCCCGUUCAAGAAUAACCGCAAGCGUCAUCCCUCUCGGCCUUCAACCCCCGAUCCUCCUACGAAGCUCCCUAAAGGCAAAGGCCGAGGCAAAGGUGCCAAAGGUGGUCCUGCGAUGCCCAAGGAGCUUGUUGACCUGAAGGCGAAUGCCACCACACCUGAGGGUGUUUCCAGCCGCACUCGAUCCGCAAGUGUGCUGCCGCCGGCGCUUGAGCGCCUUCGAUCCCCUCUGAAGCAGUUUUGCAUCGUGAUUCACUCUUGUCUGAGCCUGCCUCGUCUCUUGUCGCAACUGGAGACCUGGCUGAUGCAUGCAAUCCCAUAUCCCCUCCUUGUGAACAGCACGCCCAAACCUUGCUUUCCCGCGGCCGGUGGCCUUUGGAUCGAGGGAGCUGGUGAGGAGGUUUGUCCUGACCCCGGGCAUCCCGAUGCCAAGGGACAUGUUCUGCAACUGCAUGAGCCGAUCCAGUUCGAUGCACACCGGCUGCAUGCGACAUGCCCGUGGACAGGAAAUCGCACCGUGCUAGCAGCUUUCGUAAUCAAUGAUUUCCACAAGUUGGAUGCUCAGCACCGCCAGCUUCUUCAGCACACUGCCUUUCGCUUGCCAAGCCUGUCUACUGGCGAGCUCCUGCCUUUGCGCCCAAGCAUCGCUUCACGGUUCCCAGUGGUCCUUGAAAUUUUUGCGGGUACAGCUCGUGUGACCGCAGCCUUGCGUCGCUGUGGCUUUGUCGGGGCCCAAGGUGUUGAUCACGUGGUCGUGGAUCAUGCUGCCUGUCCUGUGCUGUUGGCCGAUCUGACUACGCAAGAGGGCCAGCGUUUGACAAUGAUGUGGCUUUCCAGCCCUCAUGUUGUCGGUGUCUUCAUCGCUCCACCGUGUGGCACCAGCUCUCGCGCCCGGGAGAUUGCACUCCCUGGGCCUUCUCCCGCCCCGCUGCGAUCACUCACUUUUCCCGACGGGCUGCCCCAUCUGUCUGGUCUCAACCUGGUGCGCGUCAACAGGGCUAAUCAGCUGUACCACUUUACGACUACCAUCUGUGCUGAGGCCCAUCACCGCAACCUCAUCAUUGCCGUGGAAAAUCCGCGGAGUAGUCUCUACUGGUCCACCAGCUUCUGGGCUGCUGCGGCCUCCUUGUGUCCUAUGCAUACUGAUUUUCAACACUGUGCCUUUGGCGGUCGCCGGCCCAAGUGGACUCGCCUUUGCCACAACCACCAAGCCUUCCAUGCUUUGCAUCGCGUCUGUCCCGGCGGUGCCUGUGCUGCCCAACAUUUGCCGUGGGGUCGUUCUGAAGACGGCUCCUUUGCCACCGCCAGUGAAACCGCUUACCCGCCGCAGCUAGCCACCGCCAUCGCUCAGUGCUUCGCUCGAGCAGUUACUUUUCUGCCUGAGGCCGAGCCCUCCGUUGCAGCCAUGAGGGCCACUUCCGGCCUUCAGCCCAAGGCUUCUGCUGUGCCGCCUCUUGUCCCCGAGCACAAAGCUGUGCUUGUGAUGACCGGCCCAAGUGAUGCCACUUCCUUGCCGACCCUUCGCGCCCGACUGCCCGAGCCGUGGUCUGACUCGCGCUUCGCGCCUGCUGGGCCCGUGCCAGCCCACAGUCAAUUACUCCGAGCGGAUAAGAAGGGAAGUGAUCGACUCGAAUUGGCUUGGGGCAUAUGUUGGUCUCCAGAAGAGUUCAUACAUAAAGCGGUUCAAGCGGGACAUCCCAAAAAGUUUGACUCGCUACUGCCUUCCGCACUGAGCCACAGCAUAGACGUAAAUGCAAAAACAACGCCGGCCGAUAGAGCCGGCCUCAGAGCCGAAUGGUUUGCAAAGUGGACCAAACGUGCAGCUGAACUUUCGGGGGACGAAAAGAAGCUCAAGAGCUCUCUCCCCGAGUACGCCAGGAAGAUCGUCCUACCAAAAAGGAUUUUAUUGUGGCGUGAGAUUCUAGAGGAUCUCAAAUAUCCCGACAUUGGAGUGCUGGACGAAAUGCUUGAAGGAGUGCACUUGACUUCGGAACAGCUGCGCUCCAAAGCUAGUGAGUCCCGCCAGAGGAUCAUCGAUGCGAUCAAAUCGCAGGGUCACCUGGAUGAAGCGCUAGAGCAAAAGGUCGACGAAGAAGUGGAACUCGGCUGGCUGUCCGAGCCGAUAGACCCGGCCGAUUUGCCGGAAGACGCCACAAUCAGCAGGAGGUUUGCGAUCGAGCAGUCAGGUAAGAUUCGCUUGAUAGACGACCUGAGUGAUAGUGGUGUUAAUGGGUCUGUCCAAACCACCGAGAGCCCCAAACCUCAAUCCCUCGAUGUGGUGGCCGCCAUGGCCUUGGCCUGUCUUAGACAGCUGCCUGGGACUCCCAUGCUAGGGAAGACGUUCGACUUAAAGAGCGCAUACAGGCAAAUGUUUGUGUCUCCGGACGACCUAAUCCUCAGCAGCCAACGUGCCUGUGCGAUUGUGGCUUCAUCAUCGCCAAAGAACUUGUGGGCUACCCAUUUAAGCGUCUUCCACAUUCCCAGCAACGCCACGCCCGCAAUCAGCAAGAAUCCGUAG